UCCUCGCUCACUACUAUCACCAGUCCUUUCCUUUGGUUAUUCUUCCUACAUAUUACCAUGUCACGUCUCUCUGCUAUCCUCCUCCUCGCCACCAGUACCGUCUAUGCGUCCGUCGCCCCUACUCACGAAUCUCACACCGAGAACAAACCCAUCGGUAACAAGUGGUAUCACGAAGACGAUCACCCAGUACACGCCCUCUUUAAGCGUGGACCGGUCGGCGAUGGAAUUACCUAUCCCGCGAUAGGAACGCUCGAAUGGUCCGCCGGCUUCCCCCAAGCUACUGCGGACACCACGUUUCUCCCCAAGGCUUGGGUGGAUGCUCUUAACGCAGCCGCCUUGGCGGGAAAGAUUCCCGACAUUCCCCAGUCUACCAGUACCAACGGAUUGGAUCCCGUAUACCCCACUGGAUAUGACCCAAUGAGCCCGACUGUUUGCUCCUCAACUGCCAAAUGUGUUACGCAAGGUGACAUAUGGGAGGCUCCACCAGGUAUCAUCGCCCUUAGUUUUGACGAUGGUCCCCUACCGGCGUCAGAUCAGUUGUAUCAGUUCCUCGCUGCACACUCAGAACAUGCGACGCACUUCGUCAUCGGCACUAACAUUCUCCUGUAUCCCGAGCAAUUCAGAACCGCCUUCGAGACGAAUCAGGACGAUAUCGCUGUUCACACUUGGACUCACCCAUACAUGACCACCAAGUCGAACCUCGAGGUCGUCGCCGAGAUCGGAUGGACGAUGGAGCUCAUCCACAACUCGACGGGCGGACGCAUCCCUAGGUACUGGAGGCCUCCUUACGGCGACUCCGAUAUGCGCGUCCGGGCUAUUGCACAGCAGGUGUUCGGACUGACAACCGUCAUCUGGAAUCAAGACACUGAUGACUGGACCUUGAGCGAACCUAUCCCAUUGACCACGCCAGAGAAAAUCCAGCAGGAUAUGACCAAGUGGUUGACCGGUCCAAAGACCCCCGGACUUGUCAUUUUGGAACACGAGCUGUCUGAUCAAUCCGUCAAGUCGUUCAUUGACGCAUACCCGAUGAUGGUUUCAAACGGUUGGACAAGGUUAUCUCUUGCUCAGUUGGAUGGUGGUGCAGUCUACCAGAACGCCUGGAACUCAACAUCGCAAGUCAUCCCGGCAAACGUUGGCGACUUGGCCGCCAAGCCCCCGGCCCGCGCCAGCACUACCGCAAAACCGUCGGCAACGUCUGCGAAAAUUCCGGUUUCGUCGCCAUCGCCUGGAAAACCUGUUUCUUCCGACAAGCCUCAUGGUAAUCAGAAGAGCGGGGCGACUCACUUCAGCGUCACAUCCCUUGCGCUCACUGGCAUCGCCGCAGCCAUCGUCGCGGCUGCAGCUGGAACUAUCAUGGCAUAAGAGUGCCGGAUUAUGCAAGAGACUUUCAUGGACUUUACACGCUACUAUCCUACUCGUACAACCGUACACUUCUUGUCUAUGUUACAUUACAUCUCACUAUUCUCAGCGAAUAUGAACUAUUCACAUUAUCAAUCAAUAUAGG